AUGAGCAAACUUGUUCAAGCCUUACCCAUGUCAGAGCUAAUAGAUGAUUUAGUGUCUGAAGGUCUCGCAAGUCUAGAACAAGGUCGUAAGUUGAGGCAAUGUGAAACAGAGCAAGAACGAGCUAGAGUGCUUCUCUACCAUGUAUUGCCAUACAAGGGAGAUGAUGUCGUGGAGCCGUUUUGUAAGGUUCUCAAGGCAGCGGGACACGCGCGGAUUGUGACAGACGUGAUGGGGAGAGGUGUGGUCUCGACAGACCAGGUUGACCAGCCAGCACAGCAACAACAGCCCAUACAACAAUCUCAAUCUAAUCAGCAGUGUGACAAGCCACAGUUGGAAGAUGGGAAUACUAUUGGACCAAAGCGAGAAACUAUUGAAAGCUCAUUGGGAGAGAUGGGUUAUCAAUGGGAGGAGCAUUUAAAACGUUGUCGUUUUGUAGAUGCACUUCGACCCAGUCUGUUUUUGGAUCAUCUUCGAGCUUUUCAGUUACUCUCUCGAAAUGAACAGGAAGAACUGCAACAAUUGUCUGAAACUGAACGAUCAGUAAGACUUAUAGGUACUAUUCUUCCCCAAAAAGGAAAGGGAUCAUUUGAGAAAUUUUGUAACAUUCUUUGUUUUGUGGAAAAUCAAAGCCACAUUGUAAGUGAAAUUCUGAAAGUUCAAAGCAUACCCCUGCCUGUUGUCCAUGCCAGCUUUCAACUUAAUGAGAAUAAGAUUGACCAGUCUCUCAGUUUUGUGCCACUCAAGAAGAAGAGACUGAAGGAAGGUUCCAGUGAUUUAGAAUCUAUCUCAAUUCAGGCUAAGCCAUCAUAUGAUUGUAGUGCAACAUUUGUCUUUAGAAAGGAAGAUCAGAAAAAAGUAAAGUGCUGGGAACAGAGUAUUUGCGACAUGUGUAGGCAAUGUUUUAACAUCUUACAAGAGAAUGUAAAGUUCUUGUACAGUUUUCCACCAGCUGAUCAACUGGAUCCCACAUUUUUUGCUGACUUGCAUCACAAGCUUGUUGUAAUUCAACUGAAUGGUGUGGCACCAGAUCUUGUUCAGAAGCACAAGGCCCAGUUAGAUUCACAUAUUGCUUUUUUUAUGGGAGUGUCAGAAGAUAGAUUUUUAUAUGCGGGAGUGGCUCAAGGCUCAUCUUUUGUUCUGUUUCAAAUGCAAUUGGAUACAUACUUUAGACUUUUUACUGCACUGACAGUGGAAGCACAAUGCAUGUCAUUUUAUCGAAUGUUAAAACAAACAUUUCCAGAGUUAGCUGUGGCCAAGUUCAGGCUAGGUGGUUUGCCACCAAUUGAAGUGAUCAAUUCAGGAGUCAGCAUGGAGAAAGUGUUGAUGGGCAAAGGAAGUGCAAUGAAACUUUUGGGGAUAAAUCAGAUGACCACGUUGUCACUGUCACCAAUUGCUUCUCAAGUCAAGUUCAUGGAAGAAGAUAAGGAUGGCUUGUUUAAGACUCUUGAUGGUGUAGCUGAUGAUCUGGACAGCUGCAAGAGUCAGGUCAGGACAUUACGGGAAACAGUGCUGGAUGCAAUGAACACGUGCAUACAGAACACAGUAGUAUUGAAUGAACUUGGGAAUAAUGGAAUUGAUCAUGCUGUGCAGAACAAAAUAAAAGACCCGAAUUGUGUUGCAGCUUGUUUUACAAGAAUGAAAAUGAGGGAGGAUAACAGUGCAAAAGAUGUAUAUGACAAGCUUGAUGUGAUCAGAAAUUUUCGAGUGGAAGUAGAGAUGAAGUUGUCACAGAGACCACAAUUGGCACGAUUAGCUUCAUACAAUCACACAUUAAUAGAAGGAUUGAAAAGAAGAGUAGCUAAUCUCAAGCUUGCAAGGAAAAAGGCAGAUUCAAAGAAUGAAUCUAUGUCAACAAAGGAUGAUGCAGUUAAGACUCAAUGGGCCAAAUUGGACUGGGCACACAAGAACAAUAAAGUUGACAUGUUGCAUAAGUUUGUUAUGCAAGGAAUAGAAGACAAGGAUAAUUUGGGACAAACUUUACUUCACUAUGCUGCUUACUAUGGUAACUAUGAUGUGGUUCGUAUUCUCUUGGAGAACAAUGCAGAUGUUGAUGCUGCAGACAAGGAUGGGAAGAGACCUUUUGAUUUGGCACUGGAAAGAGGUCACAUGUCAACAGCUGGUCAGCUAGUGUUGACAAUGCAAUCAGCUGAACAUGUUGCAUUUGAGGGUAUCUCUCAGCUACUGCAGUGGGCAUGUAAGAAUGAAGUGGAUGCUGCAACAAAGAUUGCAAAGAAGUUUUGUCAAUUAGUGGAGAAGAAGUCUGGUCGAAGUUUACUUCACUUUGCUGCUCAACUUGAUCAUCGUGAGGCAGUCGAGUGUCUUUUGGAGAAGACGGCUGAUGCAGAUGUUGAAGAUAAGGAUGGUGUCAAGCCUUUUGAUUUUGCCGUCAGAAAUGGUCACAUGUCAAUUGCUGUUCGGUUGUUUUCAUUAAUGCAGUCAGUUGAACAUCUUGUAUUUAAGAAUGUGUGUAAGCUGCUGCAGUGGGCAUGUAGGAAUGAAGAAAUGGAUGUUGUAAGGAAGAUUACAGAGAAGUUUUUUCACGCAGUGGAGGAGGAGUCUGGUCGAAGUUUACUUCACUUUGCUGCUCAACUUGAUCAUCGUGAGGCAGUCGAGUGUCUUUUGGAGAAGACGGCUGAUGCAGAUGUUGAAGAUAAGGAUGGUGUCAAGCCUUUUGAUUUUGCCGUCAGAAAUGGUCACAUGUCAAUUGCUGUUCGGUUGUUUUCAUUAAUGCAGUCAGUUGAACAUCUUGUAUUUAAGGAUGUGUGUAAGCUGCUGCAGUGGGCAUGUAGGAAUGAAGAAAUGGAUGUUGUAAGGAAGAUUACAGAGAAGUUUUUUCACGCAGUGGAGGAGGAGUUGUAUGUGGGUGAUAAGGUCAACUAUAGUAUGGAUGAGAAACAUGAAACCAUAGUAGUUGAUAAAUUGGAACUAUUGAGAUCAACUAAGGAAAAGGAUAGAAUUUGA